AUGAAUGGUUUCUGGGAGCCUCACAAGCACUGGGUGUUCAUCGGCGAGAUCGUCGAGGUCGAGAUCGAUAUCCGCGUUAAGCUCACCGUCAAGGACCGAGAUGGUUUAGAGAUUCCGGUUGCUAUCUACACGGAGGCCCGUGGUGUCGAGAUCGGCCCCUCGAACCUUCAAGUCGGAAACACUGUCGUCAUCUUCUAUGCUGUCAAGCAUCUCUUCAUGGAUAUGACCAUCGGUAUCCGCCACGAAGACCUUCAGUACCUCAAGAUCUUCCCGAUUUCCGUCGACAACAUGAUGCAGCUCAGCGACAGAGUCCAAACUCACGCUACCCUCACCGACGGGAUGAGAACCUGCCACGCAUGCAGCAAGAAGUCGGCCAAGCUGAUGAAGUGUGCUAAGUGCGGUUUCUUUUGGUACUGCAGCCAGAAAUGUCAGCUCCGCGGUUGGAACGAGAAGGGUCACAAGGCGGAUUGCAAGAUGCUUCGGGAUGGCAAUUUCAAGGGGCUGUUCUCUAUCAAGUGGGGUGAGUUUCACAACCACAUCUCUUUCCCGCUGCGCAUUUCACAGUGA